AUGAGACUGAACCCAGAGAAAUGCGCCUUUGGGGUACAAGGAGGCAAGUUCCUCGGAUUCAUGCUAACCUCACGAGGAAUCGAAGUAAACCCUAAAAAAUGUGACGCAAUACUUAACAUGACAAGCCCCAAAACAAUGAAAGAAGUCCAACAAUUAGCAAGAAGAGUAGCCGCACUAUCACGGUUCUUGCCAACAGUAUCAAGCCGAUCAUAUCACUUCUUCCAGACGAUAUCAAAGAACAAAAAAAUUGAAUGGACGGAAGAAUGCGAGACAACAUUCACCGAACUCAAGGCUAUCUUGUCAUCACCACUAGUAUUACAAAGACCAGAAAUCGGUAAACCUUUAUAUUUAUAUUUAUCUGUUUUCAAUUAUUCUAUAAGCUCAGCAUUGGUCAUUGAGACAGAAAAGAUACAAAAGCCAAUAUACUUCGUCAGUAGAGUCAUGCAACUAGCAGAGCAAUGGUACCCGAGAAUAGAACAGUUGGCUUUAGCAUUAGUAACAACAGCAAGAAGACUCGGACAUUAUUUUCAGAGCCACACAAUAAUCGUAAGAACAAACCAACCAUUAAGGCAGAUACUGACAAAAUCAGAACUAGCUGGACGAUUGACAAAAUGGUCUGUCGAGCUCUCCGAGUUCGAUAUCCAAUUCCAAUCAAGCUCGGCCCUAAAAGCACAGAUCCUAGCAGACUUUGUCUCCGAGUUCACACCUGACGAGCACCACUAUAACAAGGCUUGGGAGUUACACGUCGAUGGGGCAUCAAACCGAGAAGGCAGCGGAGCCGGAAUAGUCCUGAAAGAGGGAGACAAGGUGAUAGCCGAGCAAUCCCUCCAGUUCCACUUCUUAGCGAGUAACAAUCAAGCCGAGUAUGAGGCGCUCAUAGCAGGGCUCAAGCUCUCCCUCAAUCUCCAAGCACAUAGCCUGACAGCAUAUUGUGAUUCCCUCUUGGUGGUUCAACAAAUCCGAGGAGAAUUCCAGGUAAAAGAUCCCUUGCUCGAGCGGUAUUGGCUCAAGGCAAAGGAUCUCAUUUCAAAAUUUAGUUUGUUCAUAAUAUUACAUGUGCAUAGAGAGAAAAACAUUAGAGCAGAUAUACUAUCUAAACUUGCUGCCACUAGAACAGACACACGAACAUUGGCAUUAUCACAACUCACACUUAAAAAACCCAGCAUUGAACUAUUAUCUAUAACGAGCAUUAAUCACCUCCACGACUGGAGAACACCUUUCCUUGAAUACAUCAAUGCAGGAAUCAUACCCAGAGACGAACUUAACCCGCAACAAUUCAAACGAAAAGUAAGUCUCUACACAAACAUAGCGGGAGAACUAUAUAGGCGAGGUUUCUCACAACCAUUGCUAAAAUGCCUAGACAAGGACGAAGCAAAAGAGGUAAUGGACGAGGUUCAUGAGGGCGUGUGUGGAAACCACAUCGGAAGACGAGCUCUUGCCGCAAAGAUCGUCCGAACAGGAUACUAUUGGCCGACCAUGAAAAGGGAUUGCAUAACCAAAGUCAAGACCUGUGACAACUGUCAGAAGCACGCCCCGGUAGCGACAACACCAGCCGAAGUAUUGCAUAGCAUGGAGGUAAGCUGGCCUUUUUACAGAUGGGGGCUCGAUAUCCUCGGCCCGUUCCCAGUAGCGCCAGGCCAGGUAAAAUUUCUUUUAAUAUCAAUAGACUAUUUCUCAAAAUGGAUAGAAGUACAACCUCUGGCAAAAAUAACCGCUGAAAAGGUACGAUCUUUCAUAUGGAAAAACAACAUAUGCCGAUUUGGAAUACCAAAGGAAAUAAUCUCAGACAAUGGUAGACAGUUUACAGAUAAUAAACUCGCAUCAUUUCUAAAUAACUUUAGCAUACAACAUCGUUUUAGCUCGGUCGAACACCCACAGACCAAUGGACAGGCCGAAGCUGCUAACCGAGUUAUAUUGCAGGCAAUAAAGAAAAAGCUUAACAACGCCAAAGGAAAAUGGGCGGAGCUAAUCCCAGAAAUACUAUGGAGCUAUAACACAACAAUACAAUCCACCACGGAAAGAAAGCACAAUAAGAGAGUUGUUACGAGAACAUUCGACGAGGGCGAUUUAGUCCUCAAACGAACAGAAAAAGCCAGACGACCUCCCUCACAUGGAAAGUUCACCGCAAACUGGGAGGGACCAUUCCGAAUAUUCAAAGUGCUUGGAAUGGGGGCUUACCAGCUCCAAACACUACAAGGCAAUCCAGUUUCAGGAAAUUAG